AUGGUGCUAGGCGAAAGGAGUGAUGGUCGAAUUGACAGGGAGAAGACCUGUCCUCUUCUGUUAAGGCUUUUUUGCGGUCAUUGCUCCCAUAACAAGAUCUAUGAAUAUUCACGCAAGUCGUUCCCUCUCAAUGAGCUACAAGCCUAUACAUGGUUGGAUGCAACUUUGCUGGAAUUAUCCUCCCUAGUUAAAAUAGUUAAUCCUGAUGCACGCAAAAGGGGAACGAUUUUUGACUUUGCCAUCGUCUCUCCUGACCCACGGUCUCCUGGUUACAAGAUGCGUGAUAUUGGAAGCGACUGUGCUUUCCGCAUCGGCGACAUGGUUGACGUGGCGGUAACACCCCCAGCCACGGAGCGAACGUCUACCGGCGGUGGCAUCGGCAACGGUAAGCGUCGAGUGGUGCGACGGAAUGCAGAGCCAAUUGAUAAUACCUCGGCUACAACGACAGGCACCUUCCAAGCCGAGCAACCGCCUCGCAGGGUCGUGGGGCGCGACCACGACAGCUACCACUACUAUCACCCGCGUCAGAGGCGUUUUAUCUGUCGUUUCUAUGAGAACCGCAGCCAAUAA